AGCGCGUCUUGGUGUUCUCCGCCAUUUUGUAGGACUAUAAGAUAGCUCGCCUAGCCUGUCGUCUCGCUGCUCUGACCUGCAGUUCUGUGUUGUGCAAUGGACGGCCGUCUAGAGACUGAUUUGUAUCCUUUGGGAUCCAGUUACGCCACUGAAAAAGACAGUGUCCACGAUAUUACAGUUGGUACAAAGCGAGGAUCUGACGAACUUUUUUCAUCUUGCGUCUCUAACGGACCAUAUAUCAUGAGCAGUUCUGGAGCAGCCAAUGGCAAUGAUAGUAAGAAGUUCAAAGGAGACUUUAGGAGUCCUAGUGCUCCCUCCCGUGUCAUCCAUGUGCGCAAGCUCCCUAAUGACAUAAAUGAGGCUGAGGUCAUCUCUCUGGGACUUCCCUUUGGCAAAGUCACCAACUUGCUCAUGCUGAAAGGAAAGAACCAGGCCUUCCUAGAAAUGAACACAGAGGAAGCUGCCCAGACCAUGGUAAGCUACUACUCUUCUGUGACUCCAGUUAUCAGGAACCACCCCAUUUUCAUGCAGUACUCCAAUCACAAGGAGCUCAAGACUGACAACUCCCCAAAUCAGGUGAGGGCACAGGCUGCACUGCAAGCAGUGAAUGCAGUCCAGACAGGUAGCAUGUCAAUGAGCAGCGUGGACACAUCAGGAAUGGGCUCCCAGAGCCCUGUACUUCGCAUUAUUGUGGAGAAUCUUUUCUACCCUGUGACGCUGGAUGUUCUGCACCAGAUAUUUUCCAAGUUUGGUACAGUGUUGAAGAUUAUCACAUUUACCAAGAACAACCAGUUCCAAGCCCUUCUUCAGUAUGCAGAUGGUUUGACUGCUCAGCAUGCUAAAUUGGCAUUGGAUGGACAGAAUAUUUACAACGCCUGCUGCACUCUGCGCAUCAACUUCUCCAAACUGACCAGCCUGAAUGUGAAGUACAAUAAUGACAAGAGUCGUGACUACACUCGGCCAGACCUGCCCACAGGGGAUAGCCAGCCCUCCAUUGAUCACCAAGCUAUGGCUGCUGCUUUUGGUGCUCCUGGUAUAAUCUCAGCUUCUCCUUAUGCAGGAGCUCAUGGGUUCCCACCUGCCUUUGCUAUUCAGCAGGCUGCAGGGCUGACGAUGCCUGGAGUCCCUGGGGCACUGGCUUCUCUGGCCAUCCCUGGCGCUGCAGCUGCAGCUGCUGCUGGAAGGCUGGGCAUCCACGGCCUUGCUGGUGGCCAUUCCGUUCUGCUGGUUAGCAACCUGAACGCUGAGAGAGUUACGCCCCAAUGCCUCUUUAUUCUUUUCGGUGUAUAUGGUGAUGUAAUGAGAGUGAAGAUCCUGUUCAACAAGAAGGAGAAUGCCUUGGUACAGAUGGCAGAUGGGACGCAGGCUCAGCUUGCAAUGAGUCAUCUGAAUGGACAGAAACUCCACGGGAAGGCAAUCCGAGUGACACUGUCCAAACACACAACCGUGCAGCUGCCUCGUGAGGGCCAGGAGGAUCAGGGCCUCACCAAAGACUUCAGCAGUUCACCCCUGCACAGGUUCAAAAAACCAGGCUCCAAAAACUACCAGAACAUCUUUCCUCCUUCAGCUACCCUGCACCUCUCCAACAUCCCACCUUCGGUGGUUGAAGAUGAUCUCAAGAUGCUAUUUGCAAGCUCUGGUGCAGUGGUCAAGGCAUUCAAGUUCUUCCAGAAAGACCGCAAGAUGGCCCUGAUUCAGAUGGGUUCAGUGGAAGAAGCAAUCCAGUGCCUGAUUGAGUAUCACAAUCAUGAUCUGGGAGAGAACCAUCACCUGAGAGUCUCUUUCUCAAAGUCCACAAUCUGAAGGACCAGCUCCAGGGGGUUGAGGGGUCAGAGGAGAAGUUGUGGAUAGACUGUCACUUUAGAUGACAACCUUGUGGGAGAAGUCCUUCAGCUGGAGAAAUGCCCACAAGACACACUUCCAUCAUUCCUUUAUUAUAUAUUUAUAUAUAUCUAUAAAAUGCCACUUUGAACCUAGAGACCAGAGAAAAACAAACCAGAGUUUUUUUUUAUUUGGGUUUUAAGCCUUUUAUUAGCUUUUUUUUUAAUGAACUAGUAUAGUCAUUCCCAUGUGUUUUGUGCAUUAUGUAAUCUUUAUCUACAGAUUGACUAUAGUUUACACAUGGCAUCUCUGGGGAAAACCUACAAGUGAGACUAUCAGGUUGCACACUUAAAGCCUUUCCUUUUUUCUUUUAGUAUAUUCUUGAUGCCUUUGGGGAACCAUACCACUAGGUUUAGAGGGGGUGGUGUAUAGUACAUUGAAUGUUCUGCCUUUAAAAAAAAUCCUGUGCCUUAUUGUAAAAAUAGUCGAGACGUUCUUAAAUCCAUCUGAGUCUGUCUAUGCCCCUUUGUCUAAAUAUCUUACAUUGUUUAUUUUAGUGGAGAUGCCUUCAUUUUGGUAUUCCAUUAAGCGUCAUGUUAUGCCUGUUCAACAAGAGGUUGUUGUAUGGGGUAAUGUACGAAUUGGUGUAAAUGCUGCAUUUCUGUAAUGUUGAAUGAUAAUUCAGAGGCACAAACUUUUUGUGUAUAUCUGUGAGGCACAGGAAGGAUUUUUUCAAUUGAAGUCCAUGCUGAAGUUAAUUAGGCAAGGCUAAUCAGGAUUGUUCAUAUUCCCCAGUGUGCAUAUUUAGCUUACAUUUUCAUAAGACCCUUUGUAUACCAGGGUUCCUCAGUCUUAUAACUUUAUUUACUGUUUAUUAGCUUAGCUCUAGCAGAUUCCAUUUAAUUUUUAACUUUAUGCAAUUGUGUACAAACCAACUUUUUUCAUUGUGCGUAUUCACAUCUUUCCUAUACUGUCUUUUUUUGGGGGGGGGUUGGGUCAGUGGUGUAAUUUCAUUACUGUGCCUUUUCAUUGUUUUGUGUACUUCUGAAUAGUACACAAGGAGUGGCAAGUAACACUUUGGCAGGCAUUGGCGUUUUUGAUUCUCUUUAGGUUUAAGUGACCUUUACCUGUUGGGCAGCCAUAUCUCAACCUUUAUUUUGGUGGAAGCUUCAAAGCUCAGAACAAGCCCCUGUGUAGUUGGCUCCUGGAGAUGCUCAACACAUAAGCAUUUGUCUUAUACCAGUUUGAAGUUCUAACGCUAACAGGCAGGCUGGUAGGUGGGGAUGACUUAUACAAGUCAUUUGGAGAAAAAAAUUGAAACAAAACAUUAAUCAUUUAAGUUAAUGAAGAGCCUCUUAUUUUCAAAAUUUUAAUCUCUGGAAGUGUCCAGGAACUUUAAACCUGGCAGUGACCUUUAAGCAAUAAGAGCUUAAAGCUUUAGAUUGCUGUUUUUCUGGUAAGCCAGUAAAGUCUAGAUCUUUUUUUACCAUUCAAUAGGGGGGGGCGUGGAUAUAGUUAAGUGCUCUAAAGACUUGAGCUGGCCUUAUACGUAGCUUGUUCCAUAGAAAUCUUCUACCUGGCUAAAAUAAAGACCCAGACCAAUUUGGAAGUCUUUUUAUCCCAACUGCAAUUGUACAAAUGGGUGGUGCACUAGAGCCAUUAUCCUACUUCUGUCGUACUUUAAAUGCCCUUUUAUUAUGAUGCUUUUAAAAUAACGGUUGACUUGGUAAUGGGCAUAUGUUAUCUAUUCCUGAUGGGGCUUGCUACAGUUUAAAACUUAUGCAUAUCUAUACAUUUAACCUGUUUUUGGUGCCUGCUGAUGAGUUGGGUACCACUCGUUCUGUCCAGAGUCUUAAGUUUCAGACAUUCCUUUGUGCCUUUAGGAUAUUUAAUAUGUAGAAAUAAUGCCUUCAAUUGGCAUGUUGAUCUUACUGUGUACCUUAUUCAGUAACCUUUGUGCUUACGUUCAAACUAUUUGGGACACAUUUUACUUUGUAAUUGGUGCAAAGCAAUAUUUUUUUGUAAAAUAUUUUUCAGGGUAAUCAACAUACCUAGGACCAAAGCUGAGUGCAUUUUCUUCCCUUCACCUUAAUGACUUUUGUUACAUCUAGUUCCUGCUAAAUGCCUUUAUAUAUUAAUAUCUCCUUGAAUGAAAUUCUAACAGCGCAAAAUUGGAAGUUGAAGGCUGUGCAUUUAAUAGUGGCAUUAUAAGACACUUCACAUAAGCUGUUUGAAAGUACUGUAAGACCUUAAUUGCUAAGCUGUUUUAAGCGAUCAGACCAUAGUGUCACCGAGGGAUUUGGACUUGUCAAUGUGCAAGAGCCAUAAUCCUUUUAAAAAACUAUUAAAGGAACAAUAUCUGUUAAUGCUGGUUUUCCCAUUUCCUGAAAUUUUGUACAGUCUGCAGGUCACUUUGAAUAUAACUCCUGCACAGGGUACUUCAUCUGACCAAAAAUACCGGCGAGUUGUAGGUUUUUGCACGCAGGGACUCUUGUCUAGAUCUACUCUACAUGUACUGUAGAAUAGUUGUAGGAGUUGGAUGUUUAUGCCAUCAGCAGCUUUUUGUGAAUUUCUCUACCACCUUGUAUACUUGGAAAAGUCCAAAAUGUUUUGCAAGCCACGCUCAAAAACAUCUUUAAUGUUUGAAGUUUCAAUAUAAAGUGACAUUGCAUAGUGGUACUUGCAUGAGAGUACAUCUUUAAUGCCUUAAAUAUGUGGGAGUAUUACGCAGAAACUGACACUUCAUGGAGAGAAUAUUUACUAUAGCCUUAAUUUAUGGGUUUGUAUACUUUACAGUUACAGAGGAUGAAUUUUGUGCCCCUAUAACUAACCUAUCUACAGGUUGAGUUGAUCACCGCUUAUUAGUUUUGGCAUUUAGCUAUUUUUUUAGGGGGGCUGUGUAGGGGAAUAAUGGGGGGGAAAAGGUGUAAAUAUUCAUGCUUUUUGUACCAGAUAAAUGGUGAUAGGGAAGCAAUACAGGUUUUAUAACUAAAACAAAUGUAUAUUUUGAUAUCUGCUUUGACCAGGGUUUUCAGACCAUUCUAGAGCCAUAUGAAGAUAAAUUUGUAUUGCGAAAAGAAUUAAAAUAUUUUCUAAAAAUGUUUUCUGUAAUCCUUUGUCCCUUUUGACCCAUUGUUGUGAUAAUGGCUCAUACCUUCUGGAUCUUGUGCCUUUUAAUAAAUCUUUUAUUCCUGCUUUCAUCA